UUCAAAAAGAAAUGAUGGGGUGGGAGCAGGAGCAAUUUCAAGUUAUUAAUUAAAAAUGAACUAGCUAUUUCUGCUGUUGGCCUGGGUGGUUACUGUUGAAAUGGGCAGGUUCAUGAAACCAGGACAGGUGGUGGUGGUCCCAGUGGGACGAUACUCUGGACACAAAGCCAUCAUCAUGAAGAAUAUCCAUGAUGGCACCUCAGACUGCCCCUGCUGCCAUGCUCUGGUGGCUGGAACCAGCUAUCCACACGAAGUUACAACUGCUACCAAGAAGAAAAUUGCCAAGAAGUCAAAGAUCAACUAUUAUAUGAAAGUUUAUAACUAUAAUUACCUCGUGCCCAUAAGGUACUCUGUGGAUAUCCCCUUGGCCAACACUGUCGUCAACAAAGAUGUCUUCAGAGAUCCUGCUCUUAAAUGCAAGGCCCGGCAGGAGGCCAAGGUCAUAUUUGAUGAGAGGUACCCGACACACAAGAACAAAUGGUUCUUCCAGCAGUUAUGGUUUUAGAUUUCUUUUGUUUCUUCAGUCAUUAAAAAUACAAAUAAACAAAAAAUGAACUAGUACUUUUUACCUGGUGACUUUAUGGUACACUCACCUCUGAUAGUGACUUAAACGGUAUAUAACGAAGAGGUUAGUGAUAUUUCAUUGCAGCUAAAAAAUGGCAACUCCCUUCAUGCCCUAUGUUUUUUUCUUAAAGGUCUUAGUGCACAAGUGGAAAUUCAGAUACACGACCUUCCUGUAACAAAUGAAAAAGCCUAUCUUAUUUGAAACAUGUUAAAUUGGAUAUGAAGCUCUACUCUUAAAGAGUUGAC